UCGAUUCAAUAAGUAAAAAUGUUCUUCGAACAAUAAGAACUGAAGGAAUGCGUUUAGCUUGUGCUUGUUGGACAGGAAAGGGAGAACUUAGUUGUGGUUCUAGAAAUGGAAAAAUUUAUCAUCACGAUGUUAGAAUGCCUAAAUCUUUGAUUAGCGUUUUCUCUUCUCACUCCAGCGAAGUUUGUGGUCUUAAAUGGAGUCCAGACGAACACUUUCUUACAAGUGGGGGUUCUGAUUGUUUAGUACAUGUUUGGGAGAAGACACAAUUAUCUAAUUUUAAUGCGCCUCCUCUUUACCGAUUUGAUGAUCACAUUGCAGCGGUUAAAGCUAUUGAAUAUGUUUGUACCUCAAAUAGGCCUCGGCCCUUCCAAUUUGGUAGCCACUGGAGGAGGAACGCGUGACCACACAAUUCGUUUCUGGGAUCUUAAUGAUGGCUCG